AUGUCUUCUUCCGCCUUCCCUCCGCCCAAUGGUAUGAGUUCCUUCUGGAGGAGCCAGACUGGGGAUCUCGACAAUCAUCGGUCAACGAGCGCGCUCCCGGGCGAAUGCGAUAUUGUUGUGGUCGGAGCUGGGUACUCAGGAGCAGCGCUCGUUACGCACAUUCUAUCAAAAUGUUUUGACCGAGUACCGUCAAUCCUAGUUUUGGAGGCAAGGCAGCUGUGCUCUGGAGCGACUGGGCGAAAUGGCGGCCACCUCAAGCCAGAUUCUUACUACGCCAUCUCCAGAUUGGCGAACGAGUAUGGCAUUGAGGCUGCUGCUGAAGUCGCCAACUUCGAAAGCGCCAACGUCGAGGCGGUUGCAGACUUUAUACGAGAGGAAGAGGUCGAUUGCGAUUUCGUAAUGACGAGAGCCAUCGAUGUUCAAUUCUCGACGCAGCAUCAAAACAGUCUUGAAGCAGGCUACAAGUCGUUGCUGGCCAAGGGAGUUGAGGCAACGAAACACACAUAUUGUGCGCCGCAGGAAUUUGCUGAGAAACUCUCGGGUGUCAAGGGAGCAAAGGGAUGCUUCAGCUACACUGCUGGCCACUUGUGGCCCUACAAGCUCAUUCACCACAUGUUUCGCAAGGCCAUCGCCAACGGCGUCAAUCUACAAACGAACACAUCAGUGCGAACGAUAUCUCCAACCCGAGACGAGAAUGGCUUCUGGACCAUCACAACAGAACGCGGUGUAGUCAAGACAAAGAAACUUGUCAUGGCAACCAAUGCGUAUACGGCUGCUCUACUGCCAGAGUAUGAAGGCAAGAUCGUCCCUUACCGAGCCAUUUGUAGUCGAAUUACCACCCCUGGGGCAUCGCCCUUGUUGACAAACUCGUAUGCACUGCGAUUUAACAACUGGGACUUUGACUACUUGAUUCCGCGACCUGACGGGAGUAUCAUAGUUGGAGGCGCCCGGCAGGCCUAUAUCAGACACUUGGAGGACUGGUAUGGUAACGCAGACGACAGCAAGGUAAUCGAGAGGGCUCGCCGUUACUUUGAUGGUUACAUGCAACGCCAUUUCAGUGGAUGGGAGAACAGCGGCGCUCAGGUCGAUGACGUAUGGACAGGCAGUGAGUCGUAA